GAAAUAGCUUCAUUCUGCGUUGAACAGUAGUCUGUCCGUGUUGUUUCAUGAUCUCAGGAUCAGAUUAAUGUCACUAUAUAACAGCAGGACAAGGAGACAGAGAGAGUCAAGCAGAGCUGGAGACAUCCGAUCGCUUCUGUGAGGUUCAUUCAGACGUUGUGUGAUGUGUAAGGGGCUGUCUGCCAUCCCCUCCUCAUGCCUGGAGAAGGCAAAGGGCAUGAGGGUCAAACUGUCCCACCUGGCCGAAAAGCAGGAUUGGGUUUACAAACACAGAGCGAGUGAGGAAAAGCUGCCACAGGACUUGGAGUCUCUGCUCAACAGCAAGCCGGGCGUUCAGGUGUUCCGCUGCUUCCUGCGCUCGGAGUUCAGCGAGGAGAACCUGGAGUUCUGGCUGGCGUGUGAAGAGUACAAGAGCGCAUCCGGGUCCAGACUGCCGGCGAGAGCCCACAACAUCUACAAGCAGUUCAUCAACCCUGAUGCUCCUCGGGAGGUGAAUCUGGACGGUGAGACGCGCGAGGCGUUGACGGGGCUGAUGGAGGAUCCCACAGCGCAAACGUUCGAUGAGGCUCAGCAACGGAUCUUCUCUCUGAUGGCUAAAGACUCAUUCCCACGUUUCCUGCGCUCGUCUUUCAGUCAGCAGCCUCUUAAAGUCCUGUGAAGCACACUGUGCUGUUAAACCCAGUGUAUCUGAGGUCUAGACUAGAUCCAUUAGUUACCCUGCUAUCUGUAGAGAUGCAUGAGCCACGGUCACGUAGGACAUAGAUUCUAGUCAUUUUGAAACAUCUGUAAUUGCUCACUGUGCCUUUAUAUCUUUAAACCGGAUGAUUUAAUAAAGUUACUUGGGUCAAAAUGGGAGUGUUUUGCUGUC